AUGGCAAAGAGUGUGUGUCAGACAUUCAUGGAUGCAAAGCUAUUCGAGAAUGUAUCAGACUCGAGCAAUCGCUCGUUCAAAGACAAGUGUCUAUAUGCGCUCACUUCCAAGGGUUUAUACGUUCUCGAACACUUUAUAACCAAGAAUCUCAUAGCUUCCAAUCAUUUAACGAAAUUGUUUGCUGCUCAAGCUGCCCCGAUCAAACUAUUCUAUCUCGAAAGAUCUUUGGAAACCGAUUCACUCGUUUUAAAUAAACAAACAUUGGUACCCAUAUUUAGACGAUUUGCUGGACAACACACGUCAUCGACCGCAUCCAAUGAACGAGGAGAUCGUAAUCUAGGUAUUGAAUUGCGUGAAAAAUCCAAUCGAACAUUGCAAUUUGUUUUCCAAGGAGGAAGUGCAUGCGACUGGCUAUGUGACUUUACAACAGUAGUCACACGUGAAGAAGCAGUAAAAAUAUUUAAUGAAUUCUUACGUAAUAAGCUUGUUGAACCAGCUCCCGACAAGAAAUCCGAACGAAAAGACAAUGAACUUCGCUACUCUAAAACGACGUUUUAUAUACUCAGCGAAGAGGGCCAACGAGUGGCUGGCUGGGAUAUAUUGGAUAUUGGAAACAUCCACAGCGAUAGCGACAGUAAUAGAAAUAAACUGAAAGAGUUGUUGAGUUAUGGAAAUAUCCGGUCGGCAAUUAGCAACAAGGAUAAAGUCGCUGAUCGAGCCACUGCUCAGUCAUUGUUAGACAAGGAGAAAAUCAACACAAAACCAGUGAAGAAACAUAGAAACUCGGUCAGUGCAUUGCCUCAGUAUAAAGAGUCUAAUAACAAAAAGUUACAACAGAUUUUGGACGAUCAGGCACUAAGCAUGCUGUUUAUGGACUUUUUAAAGUCUAAACUAUGCGAAGAGAAUUUAUUAUUCUUGCUCGAGAUAAAACAGCUGAAACAGAAAUAUUCACGCGAUGCCAAUGAAGUGGGCGAGAUACAAGAUCCAAUGGAGAAACAGAGAUUCAUUGCUGAUGCGUUCAGGAUUUAUAAUACGUUUCUCGCUCCUGGAUCGGCUAGUGAAUUGAACAUUGAUCAUUCAUUGAGACAGCAUUACAACCAGAUAAUAAUGACGAUAGUUUCACUCGACGCGGAUGCAACCGCUCCAACAACAGACAAGUCUGUAGUUACCAUCAAUUUGUUCAACAAGAUAGAAGAAACCAUCUUUCGUCUGAUGGCCUCGGAUUCAGUACCCAAAUUUAUAAGGACAGAAAGUUAUAUUGCUACGUUAUACGGUAGACAGAGUCUCGAUAUAGUCAAGACCAAUGACGUAGAUAGAACUCACAGACAUACGAACUCUUUAGCUACGACGGCUCAUAAUAGUCCAGCCGAGCCUAUUCCUGUUAGUGGCGAAACAGUAUGA